GUAUGCUAGUACUGUCGAUGUUAGCUCCAGAUAAGAAAUCCAGCAGAGCACGUGUCGCACACAUUCAAAUCAAGUCAUACAAUGGACGGCUAUAUAUAGCUUUAAGAAGACUUUUCACUGACAUAUUCGACCUUAUUCAUUUCUAUAAGUGUACAGCUGAUGACCUUCCUUGCAAACUAAAGACACCAGCUCCGAGACAAAAUCCCGUUGUAUAUCCCAGGAAAUUAGAAAUUGAAAGGGAGUCUGUUGCUAUUAUCAAGUCAGUCAAAGUUGGUGAAUAUGGAGAACUAUUUACCGGUAAAUUGUUCAACACAUUCGAUGUAACUAUCGUGACAAAGUGCAAACUCGCGGUGGACCAUUUCUUAGCAGAAGCGCAGACUAUGUAUACAUUCAAGGAAUCCAGACACUUUGUUAGAAUGUUAGCUGUGAUAAUAAAACCUGAACCAUUUAUGAUUAUACUCGGAGAGACGGUUCGCUGCACGUUACAAACAUAUUUGCAGAGAGACAGAGGAAACACUAUAACCUUCAAGUCUUUGACUAAAAUGGCUGCUGAGAUUGCUGAUGGUAUGGCGUUUUUAGAGAAGGAAAAAAUUGUUCAUAGACAUUUAAAUGCUGAAAAUGUGUUUGUAUGUGAAUUGAACGAAUUGAAGAUAGUACAUCCAAAGUUACCAGGGCUGAUGAAAGCUAGUGAUAAUGAUGAACAUUUAAAAGGUGAAAAUGAAUGGCAAUGGACUGCACCAGAAGCAAUAGCUGACGAAGAUAAGUUUAGCACAAAAUCGGACGUGUGGUCAUUUGGGGUAUUGUUGUAUGAACUCAUCACGUUUGGAAAAAAACCAUAUGCAGGUCUGGUUGAAGAAGAUACGAUAAGACUUUUGCAUGAAGGAUUCAGACUACCGGAGCCCAAGGGCGGUCCUAAAUGUUGUCCUGUCGCUUUUUAUGUUACAAUGCUACAAUGCUGGCAUCGACGUCCGGAAUGUCGUCCAACAUUUGACUUCCUUGGAGAAUUUCUUCAUGAUUUUGAUGUUGCUGUGGAAUCUGAAACUCGUUUGGAAUAUGCCGACAUACAAGACGUAUACAAAAAAGGAACUUUGACAGAGGAACAAGGGCCGAAUGAAUUGCCAGCAGAUUUAGACAUGCUGACAGAGGGACAACAGUCGAAUGAAGUGCAAGCAGAUUUAGACAUACAUACUUAUGUAAAUGUCAGUAGUGUUAUAAUGUUCGACAAACGAAUAGAUUCACAGAAGUCACAGAAGUCUGAGCAAAAUAUAGAAACAACAGAACAAACUCCACUAAGAAACGACAAUGGAAAGCCUAAAAUAACUGGUGGGUUUGAUGUGAAAGUCUUAUACGAUUAUGAAGCAGAAGACGACGACGAGAUAUCCAUUUACCCGGACGACAUUAUAACAAAUGUGGAUCCAGUAGACGAAGGUUGGUGGAUAGGAACAACAGCAAAUGGUACACGUGGUCUGUUUCCAUCAAACUUUGUGGAAAUAUUUGAAAACGCCUAUGCCGAAGUAACAAAAUUAUAGAGAAAAUGAGGAUAUAUUUUGGCAAAAAUCAGUGCCUGAGACAAUUGCACACAAUCAACUUAUCCCCCUGCUGUUCAAGGAUGUGAACUACCUGUUGAUAAUUUACAUGUAAAUUAAUCAAGAAGAUUGAAUGUUAUCUAAUUCGUAGUGGCGUUAUGUUAUCUUUGAUUAUCAAAGUUCUAAAGUUCAGGGCAGUGAAUCCGUUAGAAAUUACUUUAACUCAUUUGGCAUUCUCCAAUCGUACUAGUAGCUCAAAGCGAAACAAUUUCCCGUAAAACCGAAAAAUGCCGAAAUAACAUACGGGGAAAUCACGUUAAUUGCUUAUUGCCUUUAAGGGUCCGUUACCCUGAGCUUCAUUAAUGUUACAACUGACUUUCAACACGGAAUAAAACUAUAGUUACUACAUAACUGAAAGGCUCAUGGAGUAAGUAAAUAUUUAAAGAAUUUGUUUUAUUGUGUGAAUGAAGAAACGCUGGUGUCACAGAAAUCGGUGUCUGUAUGAGGUUCGAUUGAACAUUUAACUUAUGUUUGAUAUAUUGUCGAAGAUAAAUGUGUAGACUGUGUUGUUUUGUAAUUUUGGAUGAUCUACUCCUUCUAUCAUUAUUUUAGUUUUGUCAUUUAUAUAAAGUUUGAUCAUAUUCAUUAUGUUUCAAGCGUAUACUUCCACAUGUUGUUAGGCACUCUGCUUGAACGAAUCGAAUAUUUACAUUGAUUUUUAGUUAUAUACAAUGUAUGCUUUUCAUGCAGAACCCACAAAAACGUUUGUUAUUCUAAAGGGUGCCUAACCCACAUUUCGCUAUCGUAUACACAGGGAAAUCAUCCGAUUCAGGUAACAUUUUUGCAUAUAAUUGCCUUAUGACUUCACCAAUUUAAAGGCUCAAAAUGCCUUAAAGUUUGUUUAAAAUGUGGCUGACACAAUUACUGUUAUGAAAAUGAAAAAAAAAAUAUUGAUUUCUUGUUAAAUUCUAUUUCCGAUAAUUGUUUUCUCUAAUAUUUGCCAAAUGUGUGACUAUUGAUGAACAAAGUGCAAAAUUUAUUGAAUAUAUUGUUUUUGAUGGCCACCCUUUAUGGUUGUUACUCACAUACAGUAUUAAAAGUAACACUUUUCUAACCAUAUAAUCUUUCAUAACAUCUAUCUGGAUAUAUGUUUCAUCCGUUUAUGGAACUUUAAAUAAUAUUAAAAAGCGUCGAAGACAGGAAAAAUAUGCUUUCUCGACACAAAAGGUCGUUAUUCUCAAUACUUUCCUAAAACACUUCGCCGAAAAGUUUUUUUCACGAACCAAAUGUGUAAAGUAAAUUGCACACAGAGAGUUUGGCACAGUGUUUAAAAAAAAGUAUUUAGAAUGUGUGACAGACGUUUUGUGCCGAAGAAAGAACCGGUUCUUUUGUCUUCGACAUUUUCAGUCUCAUCAAAAAUGCGUCAAGUAAUGAAAAAAUGUAAACAACAAUGUUACCUGAAACGAGUAUUUUUUCCUGAAAAAGAAGUCACGUGCGUUGCCCACUCUGUCCAAGAGGACAUACACAAUGUAUAUUUUUCUUUUUCGUGUGUACCUAUAGCCGGAAACAAGUUCCAUCAAACGAGGGAAAAAACAAAGCCUUUAAUUUUUAUGUUUGUAUUAUAUGUCAAAUCCUUAUUAUUUCCUAUUUAUAAAACUAUUCACAAGUGUUUAAUUGUGUAUAUUUUGCACAACAACAGAUGCCAAAAAGGGUAUAUUUCUGUAUAGUACAGAGGUAAAAGCAAGAUACGGUGUUAAAUAUAAUAAUGAAA